GAGCCGGAUUAUCACUCCACCAGAAAUACUACAAAGUCCACUCGCUGGCCUUCAUCCCUCUCCUCUGAGCUUCAAAGAGGAAAGUUAAAAAAGAAAAAUAAAUAGAAAAAAGGGGAUAGAAAGCUGAAUCGCUUCAAUGUCAUCUGUACUCAACACAGUCUCUUCCUUAAGGCUAUCCAGAAUCUACCGCAACUACAGCAAUAACAAUCGCCUCCGAGUGCCGACUCAAUCCGUUUCAACUCCCGCUUCUGUCUCUUUCACCAGACGGAAAUUGACCGUGAGAGCAGCGGACACUGAUACAAACGAAGUGAAAUCUAAGGCACCGGAUAAGGCGCCAGCCGGUGGCGGGUCAAGUUUCAACCAACUUCUUGGUAUCAAAGGAGCCGCUCAAGAAACUAAUAAAUGGAAGAUUCGUCUCCAACUUACAAAACCGGUUACUUGGCCUCCUUUGGUAUGGGGUGUAGUUUGCGGAGCUGCAGCUUCAGGAAACUUCCACUGGAAUUUGGAGGAUGUUGCCAAAUCAAUUCUUUGCAUGAUAAUGUCAGGUCCAUGUCUCACAGGCUAUACUCAGACUCUCAACGACUGGUAUGAUAGAGAGAUUGAUGCAAUUAAUGAGCCUUAUCGUCCAAUUCCUUCAGGGGCAAUAUCUGAGAAUGAGGUUGUCACCCAAAUCUGGUUGCUACUCUUAGGAGGCAUUGGCAUAGCUGGUUUACUAGAUGUUUGGGCAGGGCAUGAUAUCCCAAUUGUAUUUUACCUUGCUUUGGGAGGUUCCUUGCUAUCGUACAUAUACUCUGCUCCUCCUUUAAAGUUGAAACAAAAUGGCUGGUUCGGAAAUUUUGCUCUUGGAGCAAGCUAUAUCAGUUUGCCAUGGUGGGCUGGUCAAGCUUUGUUUGGGACCCUUACACCAGACAUAAUUGUUCUCACACUCUUGUACAGCAUAGCUGGGUUUGGUAUUGCCAUUGUUAAUGACUUCAAAAGUGUUGAAGGAGACAAAGCUCUAGGUUUACAGUCAAUUCCGGUAGCCUUUGGGGCUGAAACGGCUAAAUGGAUUUGUGUCGGUGCUAUUGACAUAACCCAAAUAUCUGUAGCUGGUUAUCUUCUUGGAGCUGGUAAGCCAUAUUAUGCGCUUGCCCUUCUUGCUUUGAUAGUUCCACAAGUUGUAUUCCAGUUCCAGUACUUCCUAAAAGAUCCUGUCAAGUACGAUGUGAAGUAUCAGGCAAGUGCACAGCCAUUUCUGGUGCUUGGUUUGCUGGUGACUGCUUUAGCAAUGAGCCACUGAUGAAAUAUUACAGCUUGAGGACAAGUAGGGAGUUUCGAAGGGAGCUGAUGAGCACUGUAAAAAACCACCGAAUGAAGCAGCUUUGCCCAAAAUGUAAUAUCUUUUUUUUUUUUGAAGAUUUGCUCAAAAUGUAGUAUCUAACCAAUGGCUUGUUCGUUCUGGUUUCUUUUUCCCACAAUGGCUGUCAUUUCUUUCUGGUUUCAAUGUAGUUUUUGCCUUUUCUCUCU